AUGGAUUGGACUGAUCGUGUCCUACUAGAGGAUGAUAACGAUAUGGGAAAAAGCAUAGUUAGUCACCAUGUGCUGAUGAACUGUUCACAGAGGUCAAACAUCAAGGACAGUAAUGUGCAGACAUUAUCCACGGAGAUGCUCCACUGGGAUGACUACAGGGAGGCCCAUGGAAUAAACGAUGGUACACCGAAGAUGGCAGACACAUUUCAAAACGCUUGUGAACCAUUAUUUCAAGGGCAUGUUUGCCGCUCUGGAGGUAGCACCAAAAGGCUUCUUUCCGUUGCAACGAAACCGGUUCUAGGUGAGGGUGGCGAUCGAACAUUCUGUUCCGAGAUGCAGCACUGGGAUGACUAUAGGGUAAAAAAUAAUAUUCAAGACGGGUCUCCAGCUAUGCAGUGUCUUUUUCGUCAAUUUGACGGUCAUGAUAUGUUCAUUCUGGACAGUGGGUGGAAACUGUUAACGCUGAAACAAAUGUGUAUUACCUCGACGCGGCAGGCGUAUGGUGCAAGCGUUAACCAGCGUGUUUCAGAGAUGGUUCGAUGGGAGGAGUCUCAAAACCAGCAAGGGAUAAAUUGCUUCCCAGCUAGCGGAUCUGCAGAGGCAGUUAGUGCCAUAACACCUUACAACAGUGGGUGA